AUGCGACUUGUUAAUGUGGCAAAGAUAAGGUUGCAAGAGUUAAGGGAAGAUAAAAAAUGGGAUUUGUUUGUUACUGAGUAUGUUAACUCAGGGAGAUUUCGGCGUAAACCUGCUGAUUAUACUUUCUUGCAUCAUUAUCAUGUUGAUGUAUUUUGUAAGAUAAUUGAUUGGCAACUGCAAGAACUUAAUGAUCGUUUUGAUGAGGAGACAACUGAGUUGCUUUAUCGAGUUGCUUGUUUGAAUCCGAUAGACUCAUUUUCAAGUUUUGACAUCCAAAAAAUAAUGAGAAUGGCUAAAUUGUACCCUGAUGACUUUGAUGAAUUUAGUAUGAGUUCUCUUGAGAAUCAGCUUGCGAAUUACAUUAUUGAUAUUCGUGAUAUUGAUAAAAGGUUCUCCGAUUUAAAUGGGCUUUGUGAUCUUUCAAAAAGACUGGUUCAGACAAAAAAGCAUUCAUGUUAUCCUCUUGUAUUUCGUUUAGUGAAAUUUUCUUUGCUUCUCCCAGUUGCCACUGCAUCCGUUGAAAGAGCUUUUACGGCAAUGAAGUUUAUUAAGAAUGAGUUGCGGAGUCGAAUGAAUGAUGAAUUCUUGAGCGGUUGCAUGGUUCCUUUUGUGGAAAAAGAUGUGUUUAAUGAUGUUUCAACUGAUGAUAUUAUUUUGACUUUUCAAGCAAUGAAACCUCGUCGAGUAGUGCUAUAA